AAAUCGAUAAGACACGUACUGUCAACACAAGCCGGUGAAUUUUCAGGCUACGUGUCGAAGUAAUGUUGGUUUUCUGUUCUUAAAAGUGGCGUUCAUUUUAAUUAAAAGUCCUGGUUCAGAUUAAAAUCAAAAAUCAUGAAUCGGACACCGAAAAUUUUAAAUAGCAAGGUAGCUGGCUACAGCAGCCUUAUAACUUUUGCUGUUCUGCUGAUAGCCUGGUUAGCUGGAUUUUCGUCACGCCUCUUUGCUGUCAUACGGUUUGAGUCAAUUAUUCACGAAUUUGAUCCGUGGUUUAAUUACCGAGCCACCGCGUAUAUGGUGCAACAUGGAUGGUACAAGUUUCUGAAUUGGUUUGAUGAGCGCGCCUGGUAUCCUUUGGGCCGUAUUGUUGGUGGCACAGUGUACCCAGGUCUUAUGAUAACGUCAGGUGGAAUUCAUUAUCUGCUGCACAUGCUGAAUAUUCCGGUUCAUAUACGAGAUAUCUGUGUGUUUCUGGCACCUGUAUUCAGUGGCCUGACAUCGAUUUCCACAUAUUUACUAACAAAGGAACUUUGGUCACCUGGAGCCGGUUUGUUUGCGGCUAGUUUUAUUGCCAUUGUACCAGGAUACAUCAGUCGUUCAGUGGCAGGAUCCUAUGACAACGAAGGAAUUGCUAUAUUUGCCCUGCAAUUCACCUACUUCCUUUGGGUGCGUUCGGUGAAGACUGGAUCUGUGUUUUGGUCAGCGGCUGCAGCACUUUCCUACUUUUACAUGGUCUCUGCCUGGGGUGGCUAUGUUUUCAUCAUUAACCUGAUUCCAUUACAUGUGUUUGUCCUUCUUCUAAUGGGCCGAUACUCACCGCGUCUGCUUACCAGCUACAGUACUUUCUACAUUCUUGGCUUGCUGUUCUCCAUGCAAAUUCCAUUUGUCGGCUUUCAGCCAAUCCGCACAAGUGAACACAUGGCAGCUAUGGGCGUUUUCGUGCUCCUCAUGGCUGUGGCCACACUUCGGCAUCUUCAGUCGGUGCUGUCGCGAAAUGAAUUCCGUAAGCUGUUUAUAGUUGGAGGUUUGUUGGCCGGAGUUUUGGUUUUCGUUGCUGUCGUCGUCCUGACAAUGAUGGGCGUCGUUGCACCAUGGAGUGGACGAUUCUACUCUCUUUGGGAUACUGGUUAUGCGAAAAUUCACAUUCCAAUCAUUGCAUCCGUUUCUGAGCAUCAGCCAACAACUUGGUUCUCAUUCUUCUUUGACUUGCACAUUUUGGUAUGCGCUUUCCCCGUGGGAGUCUGGUACUGCAUCAAGCAAAUCAACGAUGAGCGUGUCUUUGUGGUCUUGUAUGCCAUAAGUGCCGUUUAUUUUGCCGGGGUUAUGGUGCGCUUGAUGCUAACCCUAACACCAGUGGUGUGUAUGCUGGCUGGUGUCGCAUUCUCUGGCCUCUUGGACGUCUUCCUUCAAGAAGACGCAUCGAAACGGAUGGGCAGUAUUGGCCAUUCUCCUGCGGAGACUGAUGAACACGAAGAAUCGUUGGAAAAGAAAACUCUGUACGAUAAGGCCGGAAAGUUGAAACACCGAACCAAACAUGAUCCAGCACAUGACAAUGGAAUUAGUUCAAACUUGAAGAGCAUUGUUAUAUUAGCUGUUUUAAUGAUUCUGAUGAUGUUUGCAGUGCAUUGCACCUGGGUAACUAGUAAUGCCUAUUCUAGCCCGUCUAUUGUGCUGGCAUUCCACAACAGUCAGGAUGGAUCUCGUAAUAUAUUAGAUGACUUUAGGGAGGCUUAUUAUUGGCUAUCGCAAAAUACCGCAGAUGAUGCUAGAAUAAUGUCAUGGUGGGAUUACGGAUACCAAAUAGCUGGAAUGGCAAACAGAACAACUUUAGUGGACAACAAUACUUGGAACAAUAGUCAUAUCGCUUUGGUUGGCAAAGCCAUGUCCUCCACAGAAGAAAAGUCUUAUGAGAUUAUGACAUCCUUGGAUGUGGACUAUGUUCUUGUUAUAUUUGGUGGUGUAAUUGGAUAUUCCGGUGACGAUAUUAAUAAAUUCCUUUGGAUGGUUCGAAUCGCCGAGGGAGAGCAUCCUAAGGACAUCAAAGAAAGCGAUUACUUUACCGAUCGAGGAGAAUUUAGAGUGGACGCAGAGGGUGCACCUGCCCUACUCAACUGCCUUAUGUACAAGUUAAGCUACUAUCGUUUUGGAGAUCUUAAAUUGGACUACAGAGGACCAUCCGGGUAUGAUCGUACUCGAAAUGCAGUAAUCGGUAACAAAGAUUUUGACUUGACUUAUUUGGAGGAAGCUUAUACCACUGAGCAUUGGCUAGUCCGCAUCUACAGGGUUAAAAAGCCCUUUGAGUUUAAUAGACCAUCUUUAAAAGCAAAGGAGAGACAUUUCCCACCCACUAACUUUAUAUCUAGAAAGAACCUUAAACGUCGCAAGGGUUACAUCCGGAAUCGCCCAACUGUUGUUAAGGGAAAACGUACAUUGAAAUAAAAAGUUAUAGUUAUUUGUAAGACAAUUUCAGCAAUAAAUAACAUAAAAUUAA